CGUCUGGCAAACGGUCAUACCAACAAUCGAGAAAAACAGGGCAAAAUCUUUUCUUUCGGCAAAAUGUAAGAAACAAUCGCAGAAAAUGAACAAGUUCAAGUAUUUGUUGAGCCUGGUGACCCAGCCACGAACCAUAUCGGGCAGCAAUCCCAAAGAGCAGCUUCUGAACUGCCUGACCUAUGGCCUAUUGACAAUUGUCGCUCUCUGUGCUGGUUUCCUGCUGUGGGACCUCGCGAGCAGCCAACGAGAUGGAUUCUUCUAUGGCAAAAGGGACUCGCACACCCUGGUGCUGGACCUCUCGCACAGCCAGGAGGUGCUCCUGCACUCGGACGCAGACCAGCGUAAGCGCAACGGAAACUGCACAUUCUGGGACUGUCUGAACAUCUACAAAUGCGAGCACGAUAGGCUCAAGGUCUACAUUUAUCCGCUCCAAGAGUUUGUAGACGAAAAGACCGACAAAGUGGCCACCACACUGUCCAGCGAGUACUUCCAAAUCCUGGAGGCAGUGCUCAAGAGUCGCUACUACACGUCGAACCCGAAUGAGGCUUGCCUGUUCCUUCCCAGCUUGGAUUUGCUGAGCCAAAAUGUCUUUGACAAGCACUUGGCGGGUGCCGCCUUGGCCUCGUUGGACUUUUGGGAUCGCGGCGACAACCACAUCAUCUUCAACAUGCUGCCCGGCAGUGCGCCGGCCUACAACUCGGUGCUCGAUGUGAACACGGACAAUGCCAUCAUAUUUGGCGGUGGCUUCGAUACCUGGACCUAUCGACCGGGCUUUGAUGUCGCCAUACCCGUGUGGAGUCCCCGCGUGGCCCAUCAGCAUCCGCACGCUGCUGCCCAGCGAAAGUUUCUGCUGGUCGUGGCCCAGCUGAACAUUCUUCCGCGCUUCCUGCGAACCCUGCGCGACCUGUCCGCUGCCCACGCCGAUCAGCUGCUGCUGCUGGGACCCUGCGAGGGCAUGGAUCUCUCCACGCGCUGCUCCUUCUCGCAGCACAAGAAGCUCCUCGAGUAUCCCCGCCUGCUGUCGCGUGGAAAGUUCUGCUUUGUGGGCCGAAGCCUUCGCCUGGGUCAGCCCGAUCUCGUGGAGAUUAUGUCCGAGAGCUGCAUCCCCGUCAUCGCCAUCGACAACUAUGUGCUGCCCUUCGAGGACGUCAUUGACUGGUCGCUGGCCUCCGUUCGCAUACGCGAAUUCGAGCUGCAUUCCGUGAUGCAGAAGCUGAAGGCCAUUUCCAAUGUGAAAAUUGUGGAAAUGCAGAAGCAAGUGCAGUGGCUCUACUCCAAGUACUUUAAGGAUCUGAAGACCGUCACGCUGACGGCUCUGGAGGUGCUCGAGAGUCGCAUAUUCCCGCUGCGCGCACGCAGCAGCCGCCAGUGGAAUGCCAUUGCCACCAAUCCACGCUCCACCUUCAAUCCCCUGUUCCUGCCCUCGUUGGCGCCGAAGUCGCAGGGCUUCACCGCCGUCAUUCUCACCUACGACCGCGUGGAGAGUCUCUUCCUGCUGAUCCAGAAGCUGGCUGUGGUGCCCUCGCUGCAGAGCAUUUUGGUCAUUUGGAACAACCAAAAGAAGGCACCGCCACACCUAUCCACAUUCCCAUCCAUCUCUAAGCCGCUGAAGAUCAGGCAAACGAAGGAGAACAAGCUAUCGAAUCGAUUCUAUCCCUAUCCAGAGAUCGAAACUGAAGCCAUCCUAACCAUAGACGACGACAUUAUCAUGCUAACAACGGAUGAGCUUGACUUUGGCUAUGAGGUUUGGCGAGAGUUCCCUGACCACAUUGUCGGCUUCCCCAGUCGCAUCCAUGUGUGGGACAAUGUGACAAUGCGCUGGCACUACGAAUCGGAGUGGACAAACCAGAUAUCCAUGGUGCUGACGGGCGCUGCCUUCCAUCACAAGUACUGGAGCCACAUGUACACUUACGCCAUGCCGGGCGACAUCAAGGACUGGGUGGACGAGCACAUGAACUGCGAGGAUAUUGCCAUGAACUUCCUGGUCGCGAACAUCACCAACAAUCCGCCCAUCAAGGUGACGCCGCGCAAGAAGUUCAAGUGUCCCGAGUGCACCAACACCGAGAUGCUCUCGGCCGAUUUGAAUCACAUGCGGGAGCGCUCCGCCUGCAUCGAUCGCUUCUCCAAGAUCUAUGGCCGCAUGCCGCUGCGCACGGUGGAGUUUCGGGCGGAUCCAGUGCUCUUCAGGGACAAUUUCCCGGACAAGUUGAAGCGCUACAAUGACAUUGGCAGCUUGUAAAUGAUACUCCGGGUGGAAUAAUUAUGCAAAAUACCAAAGACUUGUGGGGAAAUAGCGCUCAAAUUUAGAGGAAAUCUUUUUCUGUUGCAUUCGAAUAUAUUAGUAGAUCGAAGGCAGAGCCCAGAGCUGAUGCCCAGCUCUGACAGUGGAUCUCGCAUAGAGAGAUUUGGAGUUUGGAGUUUGCAUCCAACUACAAUAACCAUUAUUAAAAGUUGAUAAAUCAUA